GUUGACCAACACUAUUUCUUUGUGGGGGCGUUUCACAAUUGAAAUUCAGUUUUUUUUUGUUGUUGCGAAAAGGAUAAAUCGGCCUGGACAUGCUCGUUCUGGUACUCGGUGAUCUGCAUAUACCGCACCGCUGCAGCAGCCUACCUGCCAAAUUCAAGAAGCUCCUCGUUCCGGGUCGUAUCCAUCACAUUCUGGCCACCGGAAAUAUCUGCACCAAGGAAUCCUAUGACUAUCUCAAAUCGCUGGCCAACGAUGUGCACAUAGUGCGUGGCGAUUUCGAUGAGAAUCUCAGCUAUCCGGAGCAAAAAGUGGUAACAGUUGGACAAUUCCGAAUCGGUCUCUGCCAUGGCCAUCAGGUGGUGCCUCGCGGCGACCCGGAGGCAUUAUCACUAAUACAGCGGCAACUGGAUGUGGACAUCCUAAUCACCGGCCACACGUACAAAUUCGAGGCGUACGAGCAUGGUAACAAAUUCUACAUUAACCCGGGCUCGGCAACGGGAGCAUUCAAUCCACUGGACACAAAUGUGGUACCUUCGUUUGUCCUGAUGGACAUACAGAGCACGACGGUGGUGACAUAUGUGUACCAGUUGAUUGGCGAUGAGGUCAAAGUUGAACGCAUCGAGUACAAGAAGAUCUAACUGAGUAUUAACACGCCAUUCCCCGCACCCGCAACCCCUUAAAACUGAUCUUGGCUUUAUAAUGAAAAUAUAAUUGUAUGUAGAAAAUAAUAAUAAUAAUA